GCGGUACUGUCCCUCCACGCCCGGGGGAUAGCAUUUCCCUUCCACUUUCCCUUUUAGCACUGGCCAGUCACGGCGAAGUAAUGGCAAUUGGGUUUCUCCGUUGUGCGAAGCUAGUAGCACCUCUAUUGAAGCAGGGGAGCCUCUUAGGUUGUAGGACGUACGCAUCAGCAGCUGCAAUGCUAAUAGACUCUCCAAAGUAUUCAUGGCUCAAAGACCUCGGGCUGUCAUCUGAGAAUAAAGGUGUAUAUUUAGGAAAGUGGACAGGAAAUGGCGAGGUCACAACAUCAUUCUGUCCUGCCAAUGGAGAAGCUAUUGCCAAAGUCACACAGGGCAGUGUUGCAGACUAUAACGAUGCAGCAAAUGCAGCAACAGAAGCUUGGAAGCAAUGGGCUGACAUACCAGCGCCGCACCGUGGGGAGAUAGUGCGACAGAUAGGGGAUGCGUUGCGAGAGAAGAAAACCCUGCUUGGAAACCUGGAAUCGCUGGAGAUGGGCAAGGUUGCGUCGGAGGGUGGCGGCGAGGUACAGGAGUACAUCGACAUCUGCGACUACGCCGUCGGUCUGUCGCGCAUGUUCUCCGGAAAAGUCAUUCCUUCAGAACGUGCGAACCACGCACUGGUCGAGAUGUGGAACCCGCUCGGCGCCAUCGGCGUCAUCUCGGCGUUCAACUUUCCCGUCGCCGUCUACGGCUGGAACAAUGCGAUCGCGCUCGUCUGCGGCAACACGGUCGUGUGGAAGGGCGCGCCGACGACCCCGCUCGUCAGCAUCGCCGUGACCAGAAUCAUUUCAUCGGUUUUAGAGAAGAACGCCCUUCCCGGUGCGAUAUGCUCCAUGGUGUGCGGCGGGGCGGAAAUCGGGAAUGCGAUGGCGAAGGAUGAGCGACUCAAGCUGGUUUCCUUCACCGGAAGCACCGCGGUGGGGAAGAAGGUGGCACUGACCGUACAGGAGCGGUUUGGUAAAUGCUUGCUGGAGUUGGGUGGAAACAAUGCUGUCAUCGUUCUCGAGGACGCAGACUUGGACAUGGUCGUCCCUGCGGUGACGUUCGCUGCGAUCGGCACGGCCGGACAACGCUGCACCACCGCGCGUCGUCUCGUCGUGCAUGAGAAAUAUUACGACGAGGUCGUCAAGCGAGUCACAAAGGCAUACGGACAAAUUUACCCCGCCAGAAUGGGCGACCCUCUGGACAGUAAAACGCUGUACGGGCCGCUGCACUCCCAGCAAGGUGUUGACCUCUUCACGAAGUCGGUCGCUGAUGCCAAGCAACAAGGAGGAACCGUAGUCUUUGGUGGCAAGGUCGUCGAUAGGCCUGGUUUCUACGUGGAGCCGACGAUCGUGACGGGGUUGAAACACAAUGCAGAGGUCGUGCUGAGGGAGACGUUCGCUCCGAUCCUAUACGUGCUGAAAACCACGGGCAUCGACGAAGCCAUAUCAUGGAACAACGAGGUGGACGCCGGUCUGUCCAGCAGUCUCUUCACGGGAAACCUCGGCCACAUCUUCAAGUGGAUCGGACCGAAGGGCUCUGACUGCGGCCUGGUGAACGUGAACAUCCCGACGAGCGGCGCGGAGAUUGGCGGCGCCUUCGGUGGCGAGAAGCACACCGGGGGCGGGCGUGAGUCUGGCAGCGACGCGUGGAAACAGUACAUGCGGCGGUCGACGUGCACGAUCAACUACGGCAAGGACCUGCCACUCGCUCAGGGAGUCAAGUUUGAGUAGAGGACGUGGCGUGAGCGUGGGGUGGUCUUGCGCGUGGCUCGAGGUGUCGUUCUGUUUUGUCUUCUUCACGCGCCUUCCUCCUGCUCUGGGCAUAACGUUAGUGCACCUCUAUCUCGUUCCUUCUUUAUACCUCGUCCUUUUUCUCUCUCCUCUUCCUCUCUCUUCCUCCCACUCCACCCAUCUUUUCUCUCUCUCUCUCCUUCUCUUCCCUGCUCCAUCCCUCCUCUUUCUCUCUCUCUCCCUAUCUCCCUCGCUCCAUCCCUUUUCUUUCUCUCACCUGCCCAUCUCACAUGUAGUUACUGUCUUUUGCACUUUCCUCUUGUUAACUAUCAUCAGAUUCGGUUCGUAAACAGAUAGUAACAUGUGCAGAUGCAUGACUACUGCUUCAUUCAUGAGAUAUUACAUAUUUAGAAAAAAAUCUGCUUUAGAAUCUCUUCUUGCUGACACUAGAAAGUUGCAGAACAUAAUUAUUUAUGUUUUCUCAUGCUGACUUGUAGAUGAUGUUAUUACGGCUGUAGCAGUAGGUUUUUUUUUCUAUUAAUACUGCAAUAGUAAUUUCCCAUGGAAUUUUUUUAAACGUUUAUUCCCGAGUGAAAGCCGUGCUGUCAUACGGUGUCUUCUUUAUGAGUGACAUCUAAUGCUGGUAAUCAUGUACUAGCACCAUGCUGUGUUUAUAAUUGGGGGAUGUCAGGGGAAUUGUGGUAGUAGUGUGUGUUUGUGUGGCUGUGUCUGUGCUUGUGUGCAUGGGUGUGUAUGUGUGUGUGUGUGUGUGGUGGGGGGGUGCAUACGUGCUGUGAGUAGGUUGUGGGAAGGUGUGUGCAUAGCUAAAAAAGAAGUAUUUUUUUGCUCAUCUGUGUUACAGUACCGGUGAUUACGUGAAAAUAAACUCGAACAGAAUUCAA